UAAUUACAAUUUUCUCAAUAAAUAGCCGAUGAGAAAAAGGAAAGGAAAUUCACAUUCAACUCUGUCAUACGAUGAGAUAGUUGACAACUUUAAAGACCAAAUUUAACGAAGUCUUAUGGCCUUGAUGGGCCAGUUUUGGGGUCGAUCGACCACUUAAACCAACUUGGAUCUAUCAUUGCCUAUAACUAGGCUUGCUUAACAGAACCGAGCAGUCGGUUAACUGACAAUUUGGAGUCAUCAAUUAUGGAACCAGAGUUUCAAAGGUUCAGUUCCUAUACUAACAGAUCGAGUGGCAUAAAAGCAGAAUAAUCGAAAUCAAUUGUGUAUGGGCUGGUUCUGGAAAAAAUGCAUUGGAGAGGGUUGAACUCGGAUCUAUGACUACUGAGACAAUGCUCUAUAAAGCAAGAUGAUAUUACUCUAGCCCUAUAAAUGAUUGUAACUUUUUAUGAUGUCGAAAAGAUGAAUAGUUUGUAAAAGUGGGAAAUGACGGUAAAUUCGAAAAUUGAUAGAAAUAGAUUCCUUAUAAAAAUUUAACUAUAUUGCCCAAUUAUCACAAACCUUAAAAAUUCCAUUUAUUUCAUUGAAAAGCUAUCAGCUGCAGUAGAAAAAUAGUUAGUUUGGGAGGUGGUUAAUCUGAUGUUGGUCAAAUAGCUAUCAGCAUUCCUUCAUAAAUAGCAUUGUAAUACUCUUCUACACUCAAGCAUUGAACGAAAUUGUAUCUUCUUCUCCCUAAGAAAUGGUAAUAAAUGGUUGGCCAGAUGUGAUACUACUAUUGUGUGUUUUUGCUUUAUGUUAAUUUUUGUUGAUUUUUUAUAAGCCAAGCACUCAUGAUUUGCUGGUGCAGUGUACAUGGUGAAACAAAGAAACAAGUCCAUUGUAGUUUUAGAUGCAACUUUGUGUGAUGCUUUGUUUAAAUAGGAGUGGAGUGAGAUAAGCAGGUAUUGCAUCUAGGCAUUUUGCUUUAUGAAGAUGCUCAAUUCCCGAGACAAGGUGCGCGUUUGAUACGUGUUUUUAGCCACGGCUGCUGAAUGUGAAUGUGAUAUCAACAUGGCCUUGAAGGGAGAAUAAAAUGCUUGGAUAUUCGACCAAAUAUCCACUCUAGUGCCAGAUGCUUUUGCAGCAGCAACUGUUUUGGGAAUCCUAGUAGAAAAUUGUUGUUAGAAUCUGGCAUUUGAUGCUGCUGCCUUAAACUGCAAGAAUAUGUUGCUCUAAUCACAUUUUUUUUAUGGCAUAUUCUUGUCAUAAUUGGACUAGUUGUUGAUUCCUUACUAUUUGUUGAAGAAAGAAUUGGAGACUAGUGUUCUUGAAAUACCACCUAAUCCAACAUAUGCUGGAAUAAUUCCACAACCAAGUUUACCCUUAACGAUUCUUGAUUCUUUAAUGUAAUUAUUAUAUGGCCAUUUUUUGGAAUAGAUUUGCUUUCUUUAAAAAUAUGUAUCUCUAGACAGUUGAAUAGAAAACUAAAGUGAUUGACACGAAUGGUCAGAUAAUUUAUUUUGAAAAUCGGAUAUGGAAAAGGAUUAUAAGUGUUAAUCCGAUUCUAGCAAUCAUUUCAAAAGGUUGCAAACAACACCUUUUGACGUUCCUUGCUGAUAAUAAAAAAUACUAGAAAUAGAGAUGAUUAGUGAAUCCCAUGCAGAGAAUAAACUGAGGAAAUAAUGCAAUAUUCGAGCAAUAUAUUUGGCUUUAUAAGGAUGGCCCUGCUUCUUCUCUUGACACUCAAAACUUUUUAAAACAAAGAGACGGUGAACAUGGGAGAGAACGAGUGGGUUAACGGGUAUUUGGAGGCGAUAUUGGACGUUGGAAGUGCAAGGAAUGGGAAGAGGGAUGCAGAGAGCCAAGGAAGAAACCAAAAGAAGAGCUUCAGCAACAGUGUAAGGAGUAAACUUGAUGAGGAGAUGUUGAAGUUUGACAGGAUAGAUAUCGAGAAGCAUAAGAUAUUCACUCCUACUAGGUACUUUGUUGAACAAGUUGUCAUUGGCUUCGAUGAGGCCGAUCUCCAUAGAACAUGGGCCAAGAUGAUAGCUACUAGGAAUUCUCGUCAUCGCAACAACAGGCUUGAGAAUAUGUGCUGGCGUAUUUGGCAUCUCGCCCGCAGAAAGAAGCAGAUGGCAAGGGAUGCAGCGCAAAAACUAGUGCAACGGAGAUUUGAUAGAGAAAAAGCGCGUAGUGAUGCUGCACAGGAUCUUUCUGAUCUGUCUGAGGGCGAGAGGGACAAAGGAGAGUCUAAUCAAACUGGCUCGAUCGCAAACAUUCCAAGAAUUAGUUCGGAUACUCAGCAUUGGCCAGAUCACCAAUCCCGACAACUUUAUAUUGUUCUCAUAAGUCUUCAUGGCCUGGUUCGCGGAGAAAAUAUGGAGCUUGGACGAGACUCUGAUACUGGUGGUCAGGUUAAGUAUGUUGUGGAAUUAGCUCGGGUGUUGGCCAACAUGGAAGGGAUACACAGAGUGGAUCUUCUCACGAGACAGAUUACUUCGCCUGAGGUUGACUCCACCUAUAGUGAACCUAUUGAGAUGCUUUCAUGCCCCUAUGAUGGAGUUGAUAGCUGUGGGGCCUACCUUGUCCGAAUCCCUUGUGGCCCGUCUGAUAAAUACAUACCAAAAGAGUCUCUCUGGCCUUACAUAGGUGAGUUUGUUGAUGGAGCUCUCAGCCACAUCGUCACCAUGGCAAGAGCUUUGGGAGACUCUGGAAAACCGGCAUGGCCUUAUGUUAUCCACGGCCACUAUGCAGAUGCAGGAGAAGUCGCAGCGCGCUUGUCUGCUGUCAUAAAUGUGCCAAUGGUGUUAACGGGGCACUCCCUGGGUAGGAAUAAAUUGGAGCAGCUACUCAAACACGGCAGGCUUUCUAGGGAGGACAUCGACAGCUCCUACAAUAUAAUAAGGAGGAUCGAGGCUGAGGAGUUGGGGUUGGAUUCGGCUGAGAUAGUAGUGACAAGCACCAAGCAAGAGAUCGAAGAGCAGUGGGGUUUGUAUGAUGGAUUUGAUCUACAGUUGGAGAGGAAGCUGAGGAUAAGGAGACGGAGAGGAGUGAGCUGCCUCGGAAGAUACAUGCCAAGGAUGGUGGUUAUACAACCAGGUAUGGACUUCAGCAGUGUGGCAGAGGAACUAUCAUUAGACAGUGAAGGAGAUCUCAAAUCAAUGAUUGGUGCUGACAAGAAACGUCCCAUGCCUCCGAUAUGGUCAGAGAUUAUGCGUUUUUUCACCAAUCCUCACAAGCCUAUGAUACUAGCAUUGUCCCGUCCAGAUCCAAAGAAAAACAUAACAACUCUACUCAAGGCUUUUGGAGAAUGCCAGCCCCUUCGAGAACUGGCAAACUUGACACUAAUAUUAGGAAACAGAGACGAUAUUGAGGAAAUGCCCAACAGUAGCUCAUCUGUGCUUACAACAGUACUCAAGUUCGUUGACAAGUACGAUUUGUAUGGACAGGUAGCUUAUCCAAAGCAUCACAAGCAACCCGAAGUUCCUGAAAUAUAUCGCCUGGCAGCCAAAACCAAGGGCGUUUUCAUCAAUCCAGCUCUAGUCGAACCAUUCGGUCUCACUCUCAUAGAGGCUGCAGCUUAUGGACUACCCGUUGUUGCCACAAAAAACGGUGGACCUGUUGACAUAUUAAAGGCACUCAAUAACGGUCUGCUUGUCGACCCACAUGAUGAGAAAGCCAUCUCAGAUGCUCUUCUAAAGCUCUUUGCUAACAAAAACCUCUGGAAAGAAUGUCGCAGGAAUGGCCUGAAAAAUAUUCACAAGUUCUCAUGGCUGGAGCACUGUCGUAGCUACCUCUCGCAAGUUGAGCAUUGCAGAAACUACCACCCGACAAAUCUUCUUUCUGUCAUGCCGAUUCCUGAGGAACCACUGAGUGAAUCACUCCGUGGCAUUGAGGACCUAUCUCUGAAGUUCUCUAUUGAAGUGGAUGUAAAGGCUAAUGGGGAACCUGAUGCUGAAACUAGCAACCAGCAGAAAAUCAUUGAUUUUAUUCUAAAGCAAAAGGCGACUUCGGUUGGAAAAUCAGUAAAAAUUUACUGUCCAGGGAGAAGGCAACGGUUGUGUGUGAUAGCCAUUGACAGUUAUAACAGUAAUGGAAGCCCUGCUGAGGAAUUGCCAUUGAUUAUCAAGAAUGCUAUUCAGGUCUCGGAAUCGAAGUGUACAGGGAUAGGCUUUGUACUAUUGACAGGCAUGAGUUUGCAGGAGACGAAGGAAAUGUUGGGGAGUGAGGUAAAGUUAGAAGACUUCGAUGCACUGGUUUGUAGCAGUGGAAGUGAAAUGUGUUAUCCUUGGAGAGAUUUGGUUUCAGACCAAGACUACGAAUCCCACAUUGAGCACCGUUGGCCAGGUGAGAAUGUGAAAGCAAUAGUAACGAGGCUUGCCAGUGUAGAGGACGAUGAUGUGCAGCUCAGUCGAUGUAGCUCACGAUGCUACUCAUAUAGUGUCAAACCUAAAGCAAAGGUUCAUAAAAUAAACGAUCUAAGGCAGAGGCUACGUAUGAGAGGCCUAAGGUGCAACACGGUCUAUACUCAUGCUGCAUCGAGAUUGAAUGUUAUACCAUUGUUUGCAUCAAGAGCUCAAGCACUAAGAUAUUUAUCUGUGAGAUGGGCUGUAGAGAUGGAAAAGGUGAUUCUAUUCAUGGGGGAAAGAGGGGACACGGACCGUGAAGAAUUACUCGGAGGUGUUCACAAAACUGUUAUCCUCAGAUAUUCUGUUGUUUAUGAUAGUGAGAGUAAAGUGCAUAGUGAGGACAGCGUGUCCAUCUCUCAGGAUAACAAAAGAGUAACUCUGGCAGAGGGCUUUGAAGUUCAUGACAUUUCCAAAGCCUAGGCAUUUUUUCAGAAUCCGAUUUGAUUUGUGAUAGCAGCAUGAGUGGCUGCACAUGGCACAGUGACGCAGACCAUAUUAUCGACAGCCAUGUAAAAGAGAAGACAGAAAUUUGAGGUAGAUAAUGUAAGUAACUUAUCGCUUGAAUCAAGACUAUACAGAGGUGCAUAAAAUGAAAUUUUAUAUAUCCCCUUUUCUGUUU